GUAGGUAGUAGGAAUUAGAAAUGUCAGUCGCUAAACUUCAACAAAUUAAUAACUAUUUAAAUCUAAAUAUGAAAAAAUGAAAAAGUUUCAUAUUUUUGUCAAAGUUUCUAAUAUGAAACAAUUUGUUGUUUUUUUGAAUUUUCAACAAUACCUAUCUUAUUUGGCGAACGUCUUUAUCCGUUCCGUUAUCUAUUAAUGAAAAUUAGAUGACCGCUUGGAUAAGUGAUAAAGUUUAGUAUAAAAGGGCCUUUGAUGAAAAUAUAACAGGCAUCUACUAUCGUACUUCCAGAAUGCGUACUAUCAUACUUUUGGCUCUCAUUGGCGCCGCUGUUGCGGUGCCAAGAAGUGUCACACGUAUCGUGGGUGGUUCUCCUACAACGGUGGAGACGUAUCCUUACAUGGCAAACAUGCAGUUCCUCUGGUGGGGUGUUUUUUGGGGACUGGGUUGUGGCGGAUCUCUCGUUACAAGAAACACUGUCGUCUCCGCUUCCCAUUGUUUCAUUGGCGAUCGUCCUAGUCAGUGGCGUGUUCUACUCGGAACCUCUCUGGCUUCAUCGGGUGGUACCACCCACGCUGUGAGAGAAAUUGUCCUGCAUCCACAGUACAUUCACCGAACUCUUGACAACGAUAUUGCUAUCAUUCGGUUGUCCAACCCCGCCGUUUAUUCGAGCAGUAUCCAGCCUGUUCGUAUCGCAGGAGCUAACUAUAAUGUUCCCGAUGGUGCCGUGGUCACUGCUAUCGGAUGGGGAGCUCUCUCGCAUGGCGGCCCAUCUCCUCAGCAACUGCAGCAUGUGGAUGUAAAUAUCAUCAACCAUCAACUCUGCGUGGAACGUUACGCUUUCUUGAAGACUCGGCCCGGUUUCGAAAACUGGCCAGAUAUCACUGAGAACAUGUUAUGCGCUGGUAUCCUCAACGUCGGAGGCAAGGACGCCUGCCAAGGUGACUCCGGUGGCCCCCUCGCUCACCAAGGAGACAUUCUUGUCGGUGUCACCUCCUGGGGCUACAGAUGUGCCGAUCCUUUCUAUCCCGGAGUCAACGCUCGCGUUUCCCGCUUCACCGACUGGAUAGCAACCAACGCUUAAAUGUAGAAUUUGGCCAACGUCACCAUCAUUAGAUAUCUACAUUGAUCUACCUCGUAAAUUAGAAAUCAUCGGAGAUCUAUUUAAAAUAGAGAAAAUUCGCUUUGUUGAGACUGGAAUUUCAUGGAAUCAUUUCCGUGCCCAAUUAAUAAAUAGGUACAUAAUAUGUUCAUGCUGGGUAAAUUCGAAUUGUUUUAAGCAACAUACACAUAUAUCUGUUAUUGCAUCCCACGUAUAGUACUUGUGUACGUCAUUAGUUUAGGUAUUUCUAUGUACUUAAUAAUAUAGUAUGAUCAAAGUUAGGUUUUAUAUUUUGUCACCUUGUCAUGCUGUCGUUAAGUUUGUUAUAUAAUAAUAUAUCUACUUAUGUAAUUACUAUAAUUAUUCUGUGAUUACUGGAGUUAAAUUUAGACUUUAGUAAAAAAAGAUCGAAAAAUA